UCAUCUUACUAAAUAAUCUUACCCUUUCAUUCUUCCUCGUCUCAACUCAACUCAACGGUACUCCACUCCCUCCUGGACAGAAAUCCAAACAGAGACAGAAACCUAUUUACAGUCGAAAUCGAAGGAUUAUCUUUAAUUAGAGAAGAUACGCUCUUCCUCCUGCAGCUGAGCUGUUAAAAAGAAGAGAUAUAUGAUGAUGAAGACUGUAUUAGGAGUUUUGAGUAGUACCUGUUUACACCCUCAAAUGGUGGAAGAGGAUCAUCAUCUAUUUUCUAUUCCUAGCUUCAGAACAAAUAGAUUUUCUUGGAGGUUGUCUCAAACAAGUACUUUCCGUUGUCGGAAAUGUCAUCGACGUACAAUACCAGCUUGUUUGUCUGGAUUAUCGCAAGGCGAAAAUGGACUUACCAACAGGAUCCAAACAGUUGGGAGACAUAUAGAUUGGUCUGCUUCUUAUAGGAGGAAUGAACAGAAAUUUCCCAAUAACUCUUUCAUUUGCCAGGCAAAGUCCAGUAAUGAAUCUGGGAUUGAUGGUACAUUCAAUGUAAGAGUGGUGCCUCAUACACUUUUAGCUGCAGAAAAAGAAGAAGCCAAAGCUGUAUUAACUUUGUUCCUUAAGAAACAAGGUUCCACUAAUGCUUUAGCGGCUAGAAUUAUAAACAAAUCUGACGCUUUCAUUAAACAUCUCAUUUCACGACUCCAUUCUGUUCAUAAAUCUCGCUACCUAGUAGGACGUGAACUAACUACUCUCGAGAUAAGGGAUGCCCUUAAUCCCUAUCUCGAGAGUCUCCUCGAUGAAUAUGGUGACAUUUUUGUGGAUGUAGUUGAGAAUUUUCCCGAACCACCUAUUAUUAAAGAGCGGUCAACAGAGAAAACAAUUGCUAUCAUGAACACAACAUCGUUGGAAGAAGGGGGAACAGUUAGUCCAAUUCCUCCUCAGCCGAGUAAUGCUCUCAACUCGAAGAAGCUACGAGCAAUAGAAAGAGUAAGUGAGGUGGGACCGUCGGGAGAUCUUCUUCCACACGUUUCGUACCUGAUAGAGCUCGGAAUGGAUUUGGAAAUGAUCAAAGAAGUGACGAGAAAGUUUCCUUCGUUUGCUUACUAUAGUUUGGAAGGAAAAGUUAAACCGAUCGUCGAAUUCCUACUUGGGCUCGGAGUACCCAAAUCCGAUAUUCCUUAUAUACUCACCCGAAGGCCUCAACUUUGCGGGAUAAGCUUAUCGGAUAACUUAAUACCAACAAUGGCAUAUUUAGAGGACUUUGGAGUUGACAAGAAACAAUGGGCGAAGGUUAUUUAUCGUUUUCCCGCUCUUUUAACGUAUAGCAGGCCGAAGCUGAAAGCAACCGUGGAUUUCCUUUAUGAAAUGGGUUUACCCGCUGAAUUCGUGGGUAAGAUCCUGACCCGAUGCCCGAACAUUAUUAGUUAUAAUGUGGACGAUAAGCUGAGGCCCACUGCUGAAUAUUUCAAGUCUUUGGGUGUUAAUGUCGCUGGAAUUCUAUAUCGGGCCCCUCAAACGUUCGGUUUGAGUAUUGAAUCGAAUUUGAAGCCUGUUACAGAAUUUUUUUUGGAGAAAGGGUUUAGUGUGGAUGAUAUUUGUACUAUGAUCACGAGAUAUGGGGCGUUGUACACGUUUAGUUUGGUUGAGAAUUUGAAACCGAAGUGGGAGUUUUUUGAGACGAUGGGUUAUCCGAAAUCGGAGCUGGUUAAAUUUCCUCAGUAUUUUGGGUAUAGCUUGGAGGAGAGGAUUAAACCUAGGUAUGGAAUUGUGAAGGAGAGUGGAGUGAAUUUGUUAUUGAAUCAGGUAUUGUCUCUUUCAGAAAGUGAGUUCAAUAAGGCUUUGGCAAGGAAGAUCAAGAAAAUUAACAGCUGAUCUGUUUGUUUAUUAUGUAUGUAUGUAUGACAUAGAAUGAAGAAUGUUUGUUUUAGUAAAAUAAUUUCACUAAAUACUCAAGUUUCUUUUUU